UUAUAAUUUAUACAUCCUCCUUCAAGAAAACUACAAACAUAUCAAAUCUCCAAACUCUAUUAAAUGCACUCUCUUUCUCUUCUAUCAACAUUCUAUUAGAAGCUCUAUUUUGUCACGAAACUGCACAAAACCAUACUUGAGAUCAGAAACAAUGAGAGCAACCACAGUGACCCAUGUGACGACCAUUAACCCUAUUAACACCAACAUUCAUGGACCGGUCAUAGACGAAGUGGAAGGCUUAAUAAGAUUUUACAAAGACGGUCACGUGGAACGAUUUCAACUCGUGCCAUGUGUGGGUCCGUCACUACCCCUGGAUCUCGGUGUGGCUUGCUCUGAUGUUCACAUAGACAAGUUGACUAACAUAUGGGCACGUCUCUAUGUCCCACUGGUGACCAAGUCUUCGCCGGUCUUUAACUCUAAGCUCCCUUUGCUUGUCUAUUUCCACGGUGGAGGUUUCUGCGUCGGCUCGGCUUCUUGGUCGUGCUACCACGAGUUCUUGGCCAGGUUGUCCGCUAGCUCAAGGUGCAUAAUCAUGUCUGUAAAUUACCGUCUAGCCCCUGAGAAUCCUCUUCCAGCAGCUUACGAAGAUGGAGUCAAUGCCAUUAUUUGGCUCAAGAAAACAAGAAAGGAUAACUUGUGGUCCACGCUAUGUGACUUUAAGAAGAUAUUCUUGGCCGGAGACAGCGCCGGAGGCAACAUCGCACACAAUGUCGCCGCGAGAUUGCGAGCCGCUGACGCUCUUAUACAGCCAUUGAAGAUAGAAGGAACAAUCUUGAUCCAGCCUUUCUUCGGUGGGGAGGCGCGUACGGAGAGCGAGAGGCGCGUGGAGAACAAUGCAAAGAGCUCAGUGCUGACACUUGCGGCCUCAGACGCGUGGUGGAGGCUGGCUUUGCCAGGUGACGCAAACAGAGAGCAUCCGUAUUGUAAACCGGUGAAGAUCAACACGAGGACGCUGGUAUGCGUGGCGGAGAUGGAUGUGCUGAUGGAUAGAGAGAUGGAGAUGUGCGAUGGUAGUGAGAAAAUGAUCAAGCGCGUGGUGUACCAAGGCGUUGGUCAUGCGUUUCAGAUUCUUGGAAAGUCCCAGCUUGCUCACACGAUGACUCAAGAGAUGUUAUGCCACAUCGACGAUUUCAUCCACCAAUGUGAUUCUUCUAUUUAGUUAUGUACUUAUGUAUUUUCCAUGUAUCUUUUUUUUUUUUUGUGGUAGCUCUUAUAUGUGUAUAUCUUAAAUUGUUUUCAUGUUCCAUAAGCUGUAGAUCAUAGGAACUAAUAUGCAUUUCGGUUUGGAUCUUUUGGUUUAUUAAGAAAAUGAAUUUUAUUGAAGUUC